GAGCCUUGACUCUUUCCACCGCCGCUCCUAGAUCCGCACCGGCCUGACGACGUAACAUAUUGCAGCAGACCGUUAGGUUUUCCGCAAAACAGGGUUUAUUGGCUCCGGUGGGCUGCUGAUCCUUAACAUGGCUACCGCGCAGAAAGAGAGCGAACAGAAUGAUUGUCACGCCGGCUUCCAAUCAGCUUUUAAGUCAUUCGCAACAGUUGCGAUCCACGUUGGCCAGGAGCCAGAGCAGUGGAAGUCCAUGGCAGUAGUACCCCCCAUCUCUCUCUCCACCACGUUCAAGCAGUACGGACCCGGGAAACACGCUGGCUUUGAAUACAGCCGGAGCGGGAAUCCCACUAGGAACUGUUUGGAGAAGGCUGUGGCAGCACUGGAUGGAGGAAAAUACUGUCUUGCUCUUGCCUCUGGACUGGCUGCCACCAUGACCAUCACUCACAUGUUGAAGUCCGGGGAUGGUAUUGUUUGCAUGGACGACGUGUAUGGAGGGACGAACCGCUACUUCCAGAGGAUAGCUACUGAACUCGGUUUGAAAGUGGAUUUUGCUGAUUGUACACAACCGGAAAAGCUGAAGGCAGCUCUUAAGCCCAAUACUAAGCUUGUAUGGAUCGAAACUCCCACCAACCCCACCAUGAAGGUAGUUGACAUCAGGGCCUGCAGUGACCUCGUCCACAAACACAACAAGGAUAUCGUGGUGGUAGUGGACAACACUUUCAUGUCUGCCUAUUUCCAGCGCCCCCUGGCUUUGGGAGCUGACAUUUGCAUGUACUCUGCAACAAAAUACAUGAACGGCCACAGUGAUGUCGUCAUGGGCCUGGUGUCGGUGAGCAGGGAUGACCUGUAUGAGCGACUUAAGUUCCUACAGAAUGCCCUGGGAGCCGUGCCCUCCCCCUUCGACUGCUACCUGUGCAACCGUGGCCUGAAGACCCUGCACCUUCGCAUGGAGCAGCACUUCAAGGGGGGCUUGGCCGCCGCCAAGUUUCUGGAGGCGGACCCCAGGGUGGAGCGAGUCAUCUUCCCAGGUCUGCCCUCCCAUCCGCAGCAUGACGUGAUGAAGAAGCAGUGCACUGGGUGCCCAGGAAUGAUCACCUUCUACAUCAAGGGCCAGCUAGAGCACGCGAGUGCCUUCCUCAGCAACCUCAAGUUGUUUUCGAUUGCUGAGAGUCUUGGAGGCUAUGAAAGUCUAGCAGAACACCCGGCGAUAAUGACUCACGCGUCCGUACCGGAGAAGGAGCGGGAAGUGCUUGGCAUCAGUGACACCCUGAUCCGUCUCUCUGUGGGGCUGGAGAACGUGGAGGAUGUCAUCAAGGACCUGGAUCAGGCCCUGAACGCUGCACAUCCCAAGCAGUGAACUACUUCCCAGAGUGCCAUCGAGAUUGCUGGAUAGUUGGCCAGCUGCAAGAAAUGGGGAAAUGACGAUGCGUUAUGAAAACCUUGAGUGAGUGAACUCGAUGGCACCUCAACGCAGCGGCAGGACAUCGUUUGGGAUGGAUUUAUCAGGGACUAAUGGGAACUAUUGAAGUUGCAUAUGAUAUACUUACAUUCUGUUAAUAAAUACACAUCAUUUUUACUGAAUUUAUGUUAAUUGCGGGUUUUAGUAGUUGGUCUAGGGGAGGACAUUGCCAUUUUCUAUACAUCCUAUGGUGCUUUUGCUUUUUCAUGUUUAUAUGUGGUUUAUUAUUAUUAUGGAAUUAUGGACUUCGAUUGGGCAGAAUGAAAUGGGGUCCUGUAUGGACUAAGCUGGUAUGUAAUGUUCCAGAGAGAAAAAUAAGAAUCAAGAGAUCAAAUGCAAGGCAAACCUACUUUUUUUUUAAGGUGUGUGUGUGUGUGUAGGAUUAAGUGUCUUCUAGUGGAAAGAAGAUGGCAGAUUUUUCAUGAAAUAUUCAAUUGUAUGUUUUAAUUAUUGUAUAAUCCAACGAUAAUAAGAAGUACCUACUGACACCUUACAUGCCAGUCCAGCGUUGGAGAGCUUAGGGGAGGGAAGACAGUUGUUUGCCAUCUGCAACCUCACCACUAGAUGUCACUAAAUCCUACACACUGCGAGAUACCUAUAAGAUACAAUACAUUGCAAGUUUUUGUCUAGCUGCUUGUAUAUCAAGACAAGCAGCACAAAGAUAUAAACUAGCUGGACUUAUCAAUAAAUAGUGAUCCACAGUA